UUAACCUCCCUGGCGGUAUUCCCGAGUGUAGCUCGGGGUAAAGUUUCACUACCACAAGUGGUAACCCCGAGCUACACUCGGGAAUACCAUGCGGCACUGCUCCGCGAUCCCUCGAUCACUUACCUUGUCCUGCGCUCCCGCGAUGUUCCUCCUGCAGUGUCCCCGGCAAUUGUCCUCCGGCCGAUGCCGGCAUCUGUCUUCCGGGUUCCGUUCCCUGCGACGUCGGGACGUACGGGGGACCGGACUGGUGAAAAAUUUAAAAAUGUCAAAAAGUGACAUUCACUAAAUACACUAAGAUCACAUAGUAAAACAUUACUGUAUCAAACCAUUUCACAUACAU